UGUAUGACCUGACGUGGGAGAUGCUUCAGGAGAUCUUUGCAGAGGACCCCAACACUGAUCAGCCUCAGUGGGUCAAACCACGUCGAGUCAAGUCCUCCUUCUUCCACAGAGUAAAAACAACAGGAGACCUCACCAAAAUCCAGGAACUCAUCUCAGCAGAAGUACUGAAACUGUACGGUUUGACAAAAGAUCACAACCAGAAGACUGACUGGCAGAAGAUGCUCAAGUUUGGCAGAAAGAAGCGAGACAGAGUUGAUCACAUUCUG